GUUAUUAUUUGUUUGUCAUCCAGUAUAAAAUCAUUCCACCCUUUAGACUUCUUUCCUACCACCUUUUUACAACAUCCAGUUUUUUGUCUCCUCGGUGAGCCGUGCAUCCUCCUCUUUUCUCUUCUCUUAAUCUUCUCAGCGAGCAAAUCCUCCGCUUUCUUACCUUUAUUUUGCACUAUUUUAAUAUCAGCAAAGCUAUUGAACGAACAUUUUGUCUGUUUGCUUUGCACAUACUUUUUUGGCGUUUAAGUUUUUGUCCACUCCACAAAACUGAGAACUUCAUUCCUUGUUCAUUCUCUCAUUCCAUUGCGCCAAAUCUCUUGCUCAUUAGCCAUCAACAGAAAACCAUAGCAAUACCCUUUUUAUUUUAUUAUUUUUUUGUAUAUUUUUUAUAAUUUCACUACACAAAAUGAUGCUAUCACUACCUAGACGUACGUUGACUCUGUGCGCACUACUGGCAGCCGUUACGUUCACGUUAGCCCAACAAUCAAUUAGUGCUAGUACCAUUACAAUGACUGCUGAUGUAAAUACAACCACACCUACUACCAACUUUUUUCUCCCAACCAGUACCCCUCCUUCAUUACCACCAUCAAUAUCCCAACCUUCUCCCCCGGCACCCGGCCAAGGAACACAUAUUUGCCCUGGCCCAUUGAUCCCUAACACACAUAACCUCAGUAUACAGACAUGUAUGGAAGGAUGCUGCAUCAAAUGUCCGGCGGUUAACAGCUUCUAUGAGCCAAACAAGGUGGAAAAUGUCCUGUAUAUAGCUUAUGUGACCCGUCAGGUCUCAUUGGUCUUCGCUGUCUUCAUGGCACUCUCAUACUUGCUCCUUCCGGGAAAAAGGUCACAGCCACACAUUUCAGUUCUCUUCUUGACAGUAUCAUUAUCACUCUGGUACGUUUCAUUUGAUAUUAUGCCUGGCAUAUCUAAUGCCUGUAUCAAUGAAUUCGAACACUCCACAGGACAAAACUCGAAGCUAUGCGGCAUUCAGGGCGUGCUGAUCAUCUAUUUUACUCAGACCUGCUCACUCUGGUGUUCCCUGCUCAUUUACAAAUUGCAUAUGCUGGCUGUGUGGCGGAGUGACAUUAUUGAUCGCUAUUAUGGCUGGCUCACAGGCUUUUGUUGGAUCUUUCCAUUAGCGUUUGCCAUACCUGUUGCUGUUAAGAAUCUGUCACAGUAUCCGGGCAUCGGAUUCAGCUGCCUCGUCAGCACAGAAAACCUCAACACAUACCUGUUUUACCCGAUCGCCAUUUAUAUAUAUCCAGGCAUAUUGGCCCAUGCCUUUACGGUCGCCAAGAUGGUCCAUUUAGCAAUUUUGACUUCUAAUCUUGACGCUGGCUUGUCGGAGCUGUCAUCAAGUGCGAAAAUGAGAAUCACUACGACCAUGCAAGCCAAACGACUCCUCCGUGGCCAAUGGCGCCCUGCUUUAAUGGUUGGAACAGUGUUAGCCUCUCUGACAGUAUUCUGGCUCUUCUAUUUCAUAGAGGCUCGCCGCCUGGCGCAAGACACAGAUUGGAUUGCGGGUUGGCUGGAAUGCGUCAAUGAACACGGAAAAAAGAUGUUGCCCCCUGAUGAAGUACAGACCAUCUGUGCCAAAGUAGUUGCAUCACAUCUGCCGUCUAUCCCAUGGUUCACUGUAGCCGAGAUGCUUCUAGCUGUGAUUGGCAUUAUUGUAGCGCUGGUCUUCAUUACCAAAGCAGAGUUUUGGUCAGAUUGGGGCUUCCUGCUCAGUAACAUUCUUAGUCGUGGCAAAUUGGGGAAAGGCAAUCGCGGACAAAGGUCGCACGACGGUGUGAAACCACCAGACAUGGAGCGUCCUCGCUACAACAACCCCAGCUCAUAUCAAUACAAUGAUCCUAAUAUAAAGAAGGGAGUUCGUGUUGGAUAUAAUGAUACUCUGCCUGAUCACCUUAAAGGACACAAUGGAUUGGUCAACCUGGAUUAUAGCCCCCAUAGCAACCAGGCUGCGCAACAGCACAACAUGGACGAUCUCUUCGAUAAGGAGUACGGUUUGCCAGAAACUGAUUUACAGAGGAAUUUGAGUUAUGGGUCCAAAGCAGAUAUAGCGUCUACCUCAUUGCCCAGUACAGAACCGCCACACUACCUCACAGGCAGCGUUCAGAACCCACAUUUAGGCGAUAUUCUCGGUAACUACUCAUCAGCCCAGGAGAAUAAAGCAUGGACCAUCGAUACCCAAACGCUGACCAAUCCAGUAAAGGCGUAUCUGGUCGCGAAUGACAGCAGUGAUCGCUAUGUGGAUCAGCCUGUUGUCCCACUCCCAGUGCCACGCGCUAGUAUCAAAACAAGAGCUAACCAUCAGCAAGCAUCAUCCCCCAUAUUCCUUUCCAGCCCGACUCAUUCACCAAUGUUUGCACAGACAUCUCUUUCACCAAUGCCACCAAAGCCCUCCAAUCAGCUAUCUAUGCCAUUUGCAGUUAGGCAAUCUUUGCCGGAUUCAGCGACAAGCGUACAACCUCAACCUUCUCCAAUUGCACCAGCAGCAAUGACGACGUCGGCCCCUCCUACAUCAACAAACAUGGCCUUUUAUAACUGGAAUGACAGCACAGACAAAAUUAUGGUAGCCUCGCGAGAAAGUAUAAGUGGCAUCAAUGGCCGCGUUGGGAAUGGAGGAGCUACAGCAGCUGUAGUAUCUGUCAAAGGAUCUAGUAAAACUUGGCAGAAGAAACAGAGUCCUGAUUCAGUGAAACGAAAUAACAGCACCGGCAGUGCAAGUCAUACCAAGGAUAUCUCUAAUUUUUAUGCAAGAGGCAGGCCGAUAAAAACCCCAAGUACAUUGGAUCUGCGAACCAAAAGCCUAUCGCCUCCAGCUAUACCUCGGAAGAGCCCUGCAAGGCAAAAUAGCCUGCAUCAACGAAAACUCUCGGAGCCAAACAAAGAGCAACAGCAAAAACAACUCAUCUACUCAACCCCUAUUUCAGUCACAUUCCUGCCACAAACAGUAAAUAAAUAAAUAAUCAUGAAUGACGGAG